AUGGAAAACUACGAGGUAAUUGGUGAUAUUGGUACAGGCUCUUUUGGCUCAGUUACUAAAAUUCGUAGAAAAACCGAUGGCAAAAUUCUUGUAUGAAAAGAGAUUGACUAUGGCGAGAUGAAUGAUAAAGAAAAACAACAAGUAGUCACUGAAGUUAACAUUUUAAGGGAACUCCAUCACCCUAGCAUUGUUCGCUAUUACGAUCGUAUUAUUGACAAAAGAGCUGCUAAAAUAUUCAUUGUCAUGGAAUUUUGUGAGAACGGAGACAUGUCCCACGUUAUUCGCCGAUGUAAACGAGAAAAUGACCCAAUGCCUGAAGACCUCAUAUGAAAAAUUUUCAUGCAAAUUGUUUUGGCCCUCUAUGAGUGUCAUAAGAGAAAAGAAGGAAAAAUUUUACAUAGAGAUUUAAAACCCGCCAAUAUAUUCCUAGAUGCAAAUAUGAAUGUGAAACUAGGAGAUUUUGGAUUAUCAAGGGUUAUGGGAUCUGAAAGUGUAUAUGCCCACACCCAUGUAGGGACUCCUUACUAUAUGUCUCCAGAGCAAAUCGUUGAAAGCCACUAUAACGAAAAAAGUGAUAUUUGGAGCUUAGGCUGCUUAUUAUAUGAAAUUGUUGCAUUAUCCCCGCCUUUUGAAGCUACUAAUAAGCCGCAAUUAGAAACAAAAAUUCGCCAAGGAAGCUUUCAAAGAAUCCCUAGAACGUAUUCAGACGAAUUGCAAAGAGUAAUCAGCUGGAUGCUUUGUAGUGAGCCUAGCCAAAGACCAGAUGUUGAGGAAUUAUUAAACCUUCCUCAAGUUUCGCUAAGAUUAAGAGAAAAAAGGCUAACUCACCCCUCUGUGAGCGAACAAAACCAUUGGAAAAAUCCCUUUUUGCCAAAAAAUCCACCUUUGAGAGCGAACAAAAAUUUUUUUAUGAAAAAAAUUGAUAUAUAAGUUAUAAUUAUUAUAAUGAAAUCUCCAACUGAUUCUCUGUUUAAUUUUAAAAUAGCUAGCAUUUUAAAACAUAAUUUUUGCAAAUUAAAUUAAUUAAUUUUUACUUUCAAUUUUAAAAAACAUAUUUUCUAUAAGUUUUUACAAAAAAUAACCCCAUGACCGAACAAGAUUUUUUUUUUGCUCACAGAGGGGCAGUAAGAGAAAUACAAGCUUCAAUCAGAAAAAAAGAAGAAGAGUUAAAGAAAAAGGAAGAAGAAAUCAAAAAAAUUGAAGAUGAAAAUGCUGCAAAAGAAACAGAACUCAAUGAUAGAGAAGCAAAAAUUGCAGAAUUCGAAAACAAUGAAAGGAUGAAAACCCACCAAAUUCAGAUAUAA